GUUUUUCUGAGUAAUGUUCGGCAGGAGAGACUUACUGGUAGGAUAUUUUUCUAUGACAAACACUUUGAUAUGCUGUUGAACUUUCUGCAUUUCUUUUAUGUAGGAAUGGGCACCUACCAAUCAGCUGCAGCUGAAGUUGAAAAUACUUAUUUCCCAAAGAAGGAUGCUGUGACCUUUGAUCAGGCCAAUCCUACGCAGAUACUGAGCAAAUUAAAGGAACUUAAUGGCAGUGCAACUGAAGAACAUAAGCUUACAGAAGAUGACUUGAUAAACCUAGAAAACUUAUUAUCUGCAACAUGCAACACCUCUGCACAAAAACCUACAGCAGAGCAGCUUCAGACUUUAUGGAGAGCGAUUAACUGGCCAGAAGAUAUUGUCUUUCCAGCCCUAGACAUUCUUAGAUUGUCUGUCAGGCAUCCCACUGUGAAUGAGAACUUCUGCGGUGGAAAGGAUCCUGUACAAUUUGUCACCUUUCUCCUUAAGUUUCUGAACCCUAAGGGAAAGCAAGCAAAUCAGCUGUUGGCACUUAGAGCUCUUUGUAAUUGUUUUGCCAGCCAGCCAGGACAGAAGCUCAUGAUGGAACAAAGGGAUGAAAUUAUGACACAAGCAGUAGAAAUGAAAUCGGGCAACAAUAAGAACAUCCACAUUGCACUUGCUACGCUGAUGUUGAACUAUGCUGUAUGUUUACAUAAAAUCAACAUCAUCGAGAGCAAAGCUCAAUGUUUAUCAGUAAUCAGCACGGUUAUGGAAGUUGUUAAAGAUCUUGAAGCCAUUUUUAGACUGCUUGUGGCUCUUGGAACGCUGAUCAGUGAUGAUACAAAUGCUGUGCAAUUACUUAAGUCUCUUGCCAUUUACUCUCAAAUAAAAAAUUAUGCCUCUGUAUCAGAACCAGCUAAAGUCAAGGAAUGCUGUAGAUUUGUUCUUAAUCUGCUGUAAUUAUUUUUCUUAGCACUUGGGAAUCGGUAUACGCAGAAAAAAGAUG